AUGAAACGCCACUUCACAGACCAUAGGGGAGAACAGUCACCCACAGAUGGGGCCAGCCUCAGCUUGGCCAGCCCGGAGUCCACAGAAGAGAGGGUGGAAGUAUGCUGGUCAGGGGCCGUAAAGAGAGAGGAGCCGUCUCCGCGGCCCGGGCCGGCCGUUCCCCACAAGGAGGACGUCUACUUGGCUGGCAGGGCUCGGGCGAUGCUGAGCUGGAGCAGCUCACCGUCAGCCCAGUCCGCCUCCGAGUACCAGUCCUACUCCCAGUACCAGUCCUGCCCCUCCUGCACGUACGACGAGGAGGACGCCGCCCAGCAGAGCGCGUGCGCCUUCUACACCCACGUGCAGACGGUGCGGGGCGUGGCCGUGGCCUGGGAGACCGAGAUGGGCUUCGAGCCGGUCAGCAGGAAGCCCCGCAUUCACCAAGCCGCGUUCAUCAAGAGGCAGAGGAGGAAAGGCUCCUCCUUCGAGAUGGCUUCCAACACCGACCUGCGCUGGGAACUAGAAGCCAGCAAGAACACCUGCUGCCCGGAGCAGGACGACGCGGAGCUGCUAGGGCCCCUCGAGUGCUGCCUGCAGGAGCUGCGGGACACCCCGGACUGGCUGGUCACCACGAACUCUGGGCUGCGCUGCGUGGCCUGCUGCCGGGUCUUCCCCACGUUGGAGGCUCUGCUCAAGCACGCCCAGUAUGGCAUCCAAGAGGGCUUCAGCUGCCAGAUCUUUUUUGAGGAGAUGCUGGAGAGAAGGCGGGCCCGGGGCCAAGUGCAGGAGCUAGAGCUGCAGGAGGAGGAGCAGCGCCCUUCCGAAGGCAGUGAAAGUUCAAGGCGGCACGCCAGGGUGCUUCCCUCGCCGCAGCAGGAGCAGUGA